AUGAAUUUAUAUGCUUCCUAUGAUGAUAAAGAUACUAUUAUUCAUCGACUUCAAACACAUAUAAGCAUUCUUGAACAGCAGCAGCAGCAACAUUCGAAUGGAUAUUUUUCGUAUGAAGAAACUCCAUCAAUAAAUGAACAUUAUUCCAUUGAUAAAAAUCCCAAUGAAGAUUUUGUCGCGCUGGAAAAGCUUCUUCAAAAGCGUGAAUAUGAAUUAGACCAAUUACGUGAACAAUUAAAAGAAUUUCAACAAGAAGCAGAUGAAAAACUUCAUCGAACCAUCGAACAAUCUAAUGAUGCCGAAAAACAACUAUCUAUUGUUGAAUGUGAACGAAACGAUCUUCGCCAACAACUUCAACAUUUACAAGAUGAAAAUGAUUUGAUUAAAUCUUAUAUGAAUCGUUUACCAUCUGAAAUUGAAUAUCAAAAACUUAAACAAUCACAUCAAAUACUUGAAGAUCAAUUAAAACAAUCAAGUCAAACAGUGAUCGAAUCUCGAAAAGAAAAAAAUCAUUUGAAAAAACAACUUAUUACCUAUGAACGUACUAUUAAUGAGCAGCAACAAAAAAUUCAAUUGCAUGAAUCUUCAUCAGAUAAAACUUUAUUAAAUGCUAAAUGUUUAACGAUGGAUGAGAGAGUUGAAACAGAAAAAAAAUUCAAACAAUUUAAUCAAACAAUUCAACAAUUAAAUGAAAAAUUAAAUGAAGAAAAACUACUUAGAAAACAUGAUCAAUAUCUUAAUGAAACUAAUACACGUACUCUUCAAUCGUUAUCCAAUGAAAUUGCAAAGAAAGAGCAAACUAUUAAAGAAACAACACAUCUUUUGCGACAGAAUCGACAAGAAUUAGAUGAACUUCGAAUACGUUUUCUUGUCGGUGAACAAGAACAAAUAUGUUUAAAUGAACGUUUACUAGCCAAUGAUCAAUUCAACAUGGCUUUGCAACGAGUUCAUGCAACUGUGGAGAAAUUAUUUCUUGUACUUGACUUUUCAUUUGAAAUGCUCAAUAAUGAAUCGGUAUCAAGUCCGGAUGUACUAAUGCUUCAAUUAUCUACUCAUAAGCCUAAGUCAGAUUCCAUCAAUUCCUCUAUCAACAAUAUCAAAAAGAUCGAAUUAUGUGAUGUAGAAAACUUAGAAUCAAAAUUAGAUCAUAUUAUCGAUCGUCUUUUAUCAAUUCGUAGUGAAUUAAUUGCUCGACAAUUUGAGAAUGAUCUCGAAUCAAAUGUUCCCUGUCGUUUACAGUGA